UAUAUUUGUAUUUUGUUCAAUUCUAGGAGGAGCUCAAUACAGCACUGAAGUCCUUACAGAAGAAACUUCAUAACAAUGAAAAUAUUAAAGAAGAGUUUGAGAAAACAGUUCAACACAUCAAGUAUCAAGCUGAGCACACAGAGCGUCAGAUUAAACAGCAGUUUGAGAAGCUUCAUCAGUUUCUCAGAGAUGAAGAAGAAGCUACAAUCACUGCACUGAGAGAGGAAGAGGAGCAGAAGAAGCAGAUGAUGAAGGAGAAGCUGGAGGAGAUGAACACACACAUCUCAGCUCUUUCACACACAAUCAAAGACACGGAGGAGAUGAUGAAAGCCAGUGACGUCUGCUUUCUGAAGGAGUUUCCAGUCACGAUGGAAAGAGUCCAGAUCUCAUCACAGCCGGAUCCACAGACGCCUUCUGGAGCUUUGAUUCAUGUGCCGCGUUACUUGGGCAACCUGCCCUUCAGAGUCUGGAAGAAGAUGCAGGACAUCGUCCAAAACACUCCUGUGAUUCUGGAUCCAAACACUGCAAGUCCACUUCUCGUCCUGUCUGAUGAUCUGACCAGUGUGAGACGGAGCAAGAACAAACAACUGCUUCCUGAUAAUCCAGAGAGAUUUGACAUCUUUCCAUGUGUUCUGGGUUCAGAGGGUUUUAACUCAAGAACACACUGCUGGGAUGUGGAGGUUAAAGAGAGUUCAUUGUGGAGUCUUGGAGUAAUUACAGCAUCAAACCGAAGGAAGGGAUUGGAAUUAUCUGACACUGCUGCCUGGUUUGUGCAGUAUGGAUUGUCUGAUCGGUUAGGUUUUCGUGUUAAACAGGAUCUCGAGCGUGUGAGAGUUGAUCUGGACUAUGACAAAGGAACAGUGUCAUUCUCUGAUCCUGUAACUAACACACAUCUACACACAUUCACAACCACCUUCACUCGUACAGUCUUUCCAUUAUUCUGUUGUUAUCCUCUGAGAAUCUUACCGUUCAAUAGUCAGUAGCUCUCUUGAAGUCACGCAAUGUCUCAAUUUGCUUAUUCUGGUUCUUGGUAUAAUGAAUGAUGAAGGCAGUUUGACACUAAAUGGAGCGUAAAUAGUGUGCCUCAGACUUGAACUCAGGCACCUCUCUACCUGCUUCAAAUCAAUUGUGUAAUGAGUUUUUCCUUUUUUUCAGUUCUAAAAUUGACAAUGUCUACAAACGUAUCCAUGCUACAACUGUUUCUUCUUCAACACUUUGCUUACACAGUUUUUCUGGCACAUCUUUAUUACCUUUUCUCAAAUUGACUCUGAUCCUGCUUAUUAGGGGUGUAUCGCAAAUUAAAGUAACCACUUAAUCCAGUCCUAUA